GUCUAGGACGUGACGCUCCCUGCGUCUUUAGGGCUUCAGACUUGCUUCUGCGGCCUGCUGGACUCGCUGCUGGUAGAUCCGGACCCUUCCUACAGCUGAGUCAACGUGAGCGCGGAACCUCCGUGAAUCUGCUUAUAGAGAGCGCUCCGCCGUGGGCAGGCGGGGCCUCUGAGCCCCCCAGCAUCAGGAGCCCAGCACCUGAGGCAAAAUUUCCUUUAUGAAGCAGAUUUAAGCAGGCAACUUGCUCAGGCCGGUUCUCCAUUGCCUGUCUCUUUGGACUCAUCACCGCUAUGCGUCAUGCCUCAGGCUCAGAUCCUACCUGGAAAAUGCCAGAUGAAUUUUUGUUGGCAUAUGUGCUACCUGAACAGUCCCCUGCCAGAACCUUUGCUGUGAGAAAUCCAAAAGUUGGCCAAGCUCCUCAAGGCUGGCCAGGCUCCAACCCCCGGCGUAACCUAAGUGCUCCACCUGCUGUGCUACCUGGACUCUCCCCAAGUACAGCACCCUCCACUUUGCGUUUUGGACCAGCACCAACAGGAUUGUAUCCCUCCAUCCCUCUGACUGGGCCAUCACCAGGAUCCCCAGCACCUUUUCUUCCUUCUGAACUGUCAUGUCCCCAACCCAGUGGUCCUUAUCCAGCCUCUGCUGUACGAGGCCCUGGUCCGAUAGGGACAUAUGCUACACCAAAUAUGCCUCUUCCAGAGUUACCUAGGCCAUAUGGUGCACCCACAGAUCCAGCUGCUGCUGCUACUUUAGGUACACGGGGACCCAUAUCUUCUGGACCUUGGGCACCAGGAACUGGGGGGCAGCAUCCUAAUGUGCCAUAUCAAUCCCCAGGGCCACAUCCCACUGUUCCUCCUCCAGUGUCAGGAGUACCGCCUAUUCCAUGGGGCACUGUGCCACCGGGAGCCUGGGGACCACCAGCACCAUAUCCUGCCCCCACAGGAGCAUAUCCCAUGCCAGGACCUCAUCCUACUCCGAAUAAUCCUUACCAAGUGACUUCAGGAUCUUCUGGUACUCCACCAAUACCUGGUGACCCACAUAAAGAGGAUGAAGUCCCAGGGGGCUCCCGUCCUGAUACAUCCAACCCGGAGAGCACCCCGGAGACCACUGGACAAGCGAAGCAACUGAAGGUAGAUGACAAACCCAUCAAGAGGAGACGUUCCAAAAAGAAGAGUAAGCCGGUAACUUGGGGAGACAUCAAAACGUUAACUCAUGAAGCUGAGACCUUGGGGAAACAACAAGGACACAAUACUGCUGACCCCAAAAUGAUGCUGUUAUGUUUAAUGACGAUACUACAUGUUAAUUCUCAGCGUGGGAAUGCAGAAUCCAAAUGACUCUUGUCAGUGGGAAUAAGUGGCACACCUGUAAUAAACAGCAUGAUGUUGGUUUGUCAAAAAAAGAAAAAACAAAAAUAAAAAAACCCAUCACCAUCAGUCA